GCGUUGACCAGCUCUUGUCCGGGAAGAUGCGCUUCGGCCCCUGGCAGGGGACGUGAAGGGGCUCGGCGGGCUUCAGCCGGCCUUUGUCCACCGGUUCCUUCCCGGGGGGCUCCGUGGCUAUUGCCAUGGCGGGCGUGGGGCCGGGGGGCUACGCGGCGGAGUUCGUGCCACCCCCGGAGUGCCCCGUCUUCGAGCCCAGCUGGGAGGAGUUCACAGACCCGCUCAGCUUUAUCGGCCGCAUCCGGCCUUUGGCGGAGAAAACCGGCAUCUGCAAAAUUCGGCCUCCCAAGGAUUGGCAGCCUCCGUUUGCGUGUGAAGUGAAAAGUUUUCGUUUCACUCCUAGAGUCCAGCGCCUGAAUGAACUUGAGGCAAUGACCAGAGUUAGACUGGAUUUCUUGGAUCAACUAGCAAAAUUUUGGGAACUUCAAGGAUCUACUUUGAAGAUCCCUGUGGUGGAGAGAAAAAUCCUGGAUCUGUACGCUUUGAGCAAGAUUGUUGCCAGCAAAGGUGGUUUUGAAAUGGUGACCAAAGAGAAGAAAUGGUCUAAAGUGGGUAGUCGCUUGGGAUAUCUGCCAGGAAAAGGAACUGGGUCUCUUUUGAAGUCGCACUAUGAAAGAAUUCUCUACCCAUAUGAGCUUUUCCAAUCUGGUGUCAGCCUUAUGGGUGUACAGAUGCCUAAUUUAGAUAUUAAGGAAAGAGUGGAGCCUGAGGUUCUCAGCACUGAUAUCCAAACAUCCCCAGAGCCAGGCACAAGAAUGAACAUUCUGCCGAAGAGAACAAGACGUGUCAAAUCUCAGUCAGAAUCUGGAGAAGUGAACAGAAGCACGGAACUGAAGAAACUUCAGAUUUUUGGGGCUGGGCCCAAGGUUGUGGGCCUGGCAAUAGGAGCAAAAGAUAAAGAAGAUGAGGUCACCAGAAGACGAAAAGUUACCAACAGGUCAGACACAUUUAACAUGCAAAUGAGACAGCGGAAAGGAACGCUCUCUGUUAACUUUGUUGAUCUGUAUGUUUGUAUGUUUUGUGGUCGGGGAAACAACGAAGAUAAAUUGCUUUUGUGUGAUGGAUGUGAUGACAGCUAUCAUACUUUUUGUCUAAUUCCUCCACUACCUGAUGUGCCCAAAGGAGACUGGCGGUGUCCUAAAUGUGUUGCUGAGGAAUGUAACAAACCUCGAGAAGCCUUUGGAUUUGAACAAGCUGUACGAGAGUAUACACUUCAGAGCUUUGGAGAGAUGGCAGAUAAUUUUAAGUCUGAUUAUUUCAAUAUGCCAGUCCAUGAAUAUGCACUUUCUGGUUGGAAUUUGAAUAACAUGCCUGUCCUGGAGCAGUCUGUUCUUGCGCAUAUUAAUGUGGACAUCUCUGGUAUGAAAGUGCCCUGGCUCUAUGUGGGAAUGUGCUUCUCUUCUUUUUGUUGGCACAUUGAAGAUCACUGGAGUUACUCCAUCAACUACUUGCACUGGGGGGAGCCAAAGACAUGGUAUGGUGUGCCAUCUCAUGCCGCCGAACAACUGGAGGAGGUGAUGAGGGAGCUGGCCCCUGAGUUGUUUGAGUCCCAGCCUGAUCUUCUACAUCAGUUAGUCACCAUCAUGAACCCCAAUGUGCUAAUGGAGCAUGGUGUGCCUUUGCCCAUUGGACGUCAGUGUGUAAAUCAUUACCGACGGCUAAGGCGCCAUUGUGUCUUUUCACAUGAGGAACUCAUUUUCAAGAUGGCAGCAGAUCCAGAAUGCUUGGAUGUGGGGCUGGCCGCCAUGGUUUGCAAAGAAUUGACUCUCAUGACUGAAGAAGAAACGCGAUUAAGGGAGUCUGUUGUACAAAUGGGUGUCCUGAUGUCAGAAGAAGAAGUGUUUGAACUUGUUCCUGACGAUGAGCGACAGUGUUCAGCAUGCAGAACCACCUGUUUUCUCUCUGCUCUCACAUGCUCCUGUAAUCCUGAGCGGCUUGUGUGUCUCUACCAUCCAACUGAUCUGUGCCCCUGCCCCAUGCAGAAGAAAUGUCUUAGAUACCGCUAUCCGUUAGAAGACCUCCCGUCUCUGCUAUAUGGUGUAAAAGUCAGGGCACAGUCCUAUGACACUUGGGUCAGUCGUGUUACAGAAGCAUUAUCUGCUAACUUCAACCACAAGAAAGAUUUGAUUGAAUUGCGAGUAAUGCUGGAGGAUGCUGAGGAUAGGAAAUACCCAGAGAAUGAUCUCUUUCGAAAACUCAGGGAUGCUGUAAAAGAAGCUGAGACCUGUGCUUCUGUGGCUCAGCUGCUUCUGAGCAAAAAGCAGAAACACAGGCAGAGUCCAGAUAGUGGAAGGACUCGGACCAAACUGACAGUGGAAGAAUUGAAGGCCUUUGUCCAACAACUUUUUAGUCUUUCAUGCGUCAUCAGCCAAGCUCGUCAAGUAAAGAAUCUGCUGGAUGAUGUGGAAGAGUUUCAUGAACGUGCUCAGGGGGCCAUGAUGGACGAAACCCCAGAUUCUUCCAAACUCCAGAUGUUGAUAGACAUGGGCUCCAGUCUCUAUGUGGAGCUGCCCGAAUUACCCCGACUGAAGCAAGAGCUGCAGCAGGCUCGGUGGUUGGAUGAAGUAAGACUGACCCUGUCGGAUCCGCAACAAGUCACUUUGGAUAUCAUGAAGAAGCUGAUAGACUCCGGGGUGGGGUUGGCCCCCCACCAUGCUGUGGAGAAAGCAAUGGCUGAACUACAGGAGCUCCUUACAGUCUCUGAACGAUGGGAAGAAAAGGCCAAGGUCUGCCUACAGGCAAGACCGAGGCACAGCAUGGCAAGUUUAGAAAGCAUUGUGAAUGAAGCCAAGAACAUUCCAGCCUUUCUACCCAAUGUGUCGUCCCUGAAAGAAGCCUUACAAAAGGCUCGAGAAUGGACAGCUAAAGUGGAAGCUAUUCAGGUGGCGGUUUUCAAAGAACGGGAGCAAAAAGAAAUUGAAGCCAUGCAUUCCCUCAGGGCAGCCAACCUUGCCAAGAUGACAAUGGUGGACCGCAUAGAAGAAGUAAAAUUUUGCAUUUGCCGCAAGACAGCCAGUGGGUUUAUGCUACAGUGUGAGCUCUGCAAAGACUGGUUCCAUAAUAGCUGUGUUCCCCUUCCUAAAUCAAGUUCCCAGAAAAAAGGGUCCAGCUGGCAGGCUAAAGAAGUAAAAUUCCUUUGCCCUCUUUGUAUGCGGUCUCGAAGGCCCAGGCUAGAGACUAUUCUGUCUCUCCUGGUAUCCCUUCAGAAGUUGCCUGUACGGUUGCCCGAAGGAGAGGCCCUUCAGUGUUUGACAGAACGUGCUAUGAGUUGGCAAGAUAGAGCACGGCAGGCCCUGGCCACAGAUGAACUGUCAUCUGCCCUAGCCAAACUGUCUGUGUUGAGCCAGCGUAUGGUGGAACAGGCAGCUCGAGAAAAAACUGAAAAGAUCAUCAGUGCAGAACUCCAAAAAGCAGCUGCUAAUCCAGAUUUACAGGGACACUUACCUAGUUUCCAGCAGUCUGCUUUUAACCGGGUGGUGAGUAGCGUAUCAUCUUCCCCUCGGCAAACAAUGGACUAUGAUGAUGAAGAAACAGAUUCUGAUGAAGACAUUCGGGAGACAUACGGCUAUGACAUGAAGGACACAGCCAGUGUGAAGUCCUCUAGUAGUCUGGAACCUAAUCUUUUUUGCGAUGAAGAGAUUCCCAUCAAAUCGGAGGAGGUAGUAACUCACAUGUGGACAGCACCUUCAUUCUGUGCAGAACAUGCUUAUUCUUCUGCUUCUAAGAGUUGUUCUCAAGGUUCUAACACCCCAAGGAAACAACCUCGGAAGAGCCCUUUGGUGCCUCGUAGUUUGGAACCUCCCGUGUUGGAGUUGUCACCUGGAGCCAAGGCCCAGUUGGAAGAACUCAUGAUGGUUGGAGAUCUCCUGGAAGUGUCUCUGGACGAGACUCAACACAUAUGGCGGAUUUUGCAGGCCACACACCCACCCUCUGAAGACAGAUUCCUGCAUAUCUUGGAGGAUGAUGGCAUGGAUGAGAAACCACUAAAAAUGAAAGGAAAGGACUCCUCAGAGAAGAAACGGAAACGAAAACUAGAGAAGGUAGAACAACUUUUUGGAGAAGGAAAACAGAAGUCCAAGGAGUUAAAGAAAAUGGACAAACCUAAAAAGAAGAAAUUAAAAUUAAGUGCAGACAAAUCAAAAGAGCUCAACAAAUUGGCCAAGAAACUAGCAAAAGAAGAAGAGAGAAAGAAGAAGAAGGAGAAGGCUGCUGCAGCCAAAGUUGAACUUGUGAAAGAGAAUCCUGAGAAGAAGAGAGAGAAAAAAGUGCUGGACAUCCCCUCAAAGUAUGACUGGUCAGGAGCAGAGGAGUCUGACGAUGAGAAUGCCGUGUGCGCAGCACAGAACUGCCAGAGGCCCUGCAAGGACAAGGGAGUUGUAUUUGUAACGAAGAAGAGAAGAAUAAAAAGUAUUAGUUUAAAAAGUGGCCUAUGUGACUGCUUUUCUAAAAAGGUAGACUGGGUACAGUGUGAUGGUGGCUGUGAUGAAUGGUUUCACCAGGUGUGUGUGGGUGUAUCUCCAGAAAUGGCCGAAAACGAAGAUUACAUCUGUAUAAACUGUGCAAAGAAGCAGGGGCCAGAUAGCCCAGGUCAAGCACCACCUCCUUCCUUCAUGAUGAGCUACAAACUACCAGUGGAGGAUCUGAAAGAGACCAGUUAGCAGCUUGGUUAAUUUGGGACAUGGGGGACUGGACCACAUUAAGACCUUAGCCAUCAAGUAGAAUGGUUUAGAUCCACUCAGAGUGUUGCUUCCAAAGCUGAAUGGCCUUCAGAGAAAGUCCUCUUAGUGUUGGCUUCCUCUUGGCGCGGACCUUGUGGACUGCAUUCUCCACCAACAGAUCCGUGCAGAGGGUGUCCUCUUUGGUACAGCAGCCAAUGUUUCAACUCGUGUCUCCUUUGAAUAUGGUUUACCGCAGUAAGGUCUGAUACUUGGUUGAGCUCUGGAUGGCUGGUUGCGUUAAUACGUUGGUGUGCUCACCGGGCACGGAGGAUGUGGCUCGUGUCCAGUUGGUAUUAGUCAGAGGCUUACAACCUAGGGCAGCACUGUCCGAAGGUGCCAGUUGCUUGGAUUUCUUAGUUGAUUUAGUUGGAGAGGAGUCAGAGAACCACUUUCCUUUCUCUGUCACUUGGCAUGUAAUGCCCUACAGAUACACUAGGAGGAUCAAGGCCAAAGUUGUUUCUGUUAGAAGUCAAGGGAUGGUAGGCACAGUCUGUAGAUCUCAGCUACUUAUGCUUGUUUGUACCGAAAAGAAAAACUCCAAAUAAGAGAACAUAUCUCUGUCUGGGGCAGAUCACCGUAUCUGUAUGCGGAGGAGAACGUCAUCUGGUUCAGAGAUCUGACUAGACAGGGUUCUGGGAAGAAGAGCUUAUUUCAAGGCAAGGAGCCUUUUUUUCUUUUUUUUUUUUUUGACAAUUUAGAGAAGAACAGGUACAUGUAUUCAGGCUUCUGCCAAAAAACAAAAAACAAACCGGUCAGAAUAUCUUACUGAGCCACAGUGAUGCAUGCUUUUCGGGGAAACCUUCGUUCACAAGUAUUCCAGAUGCCAGGCUUCAGGCAUGGCCACGAGCAAGACCAGCAGAUAAUAGCUUUUUGCCUUGCAGCCCUGACCCGUGUCUGCUGUUUCCAACACUGGCAGUUUCCGAAUGUGGCUCACAGCAACGCUAUUAAAUAGCACCGUGGCUUCAUCAGGGAUGUGGGGUCGUAGUACCUCCGGGUGAUGAAGUUGUUUCAGUAAAUCCAUUUUUAAAAAGGAAAAAAAAAAAAGACUUGUUUUUACUUUUUUCUAAAUGUCUCUGACUACUGACUGUUCUAUAAAUAGAUUAUUUUUCCUUUUUUUAAUAUACAUAUAUGAAUAUAUAAAUAUAUAUAUAUUUACUGUUACCAGCAGCAUAUGACAGAGUUUCAGCAUCAAAAAAUCCAUUUGGGGGCUUGCUUUUUCUUUUUUGCUUUUUAAUAAAGAAAUCCUGUUCCUUCCUUGUAGUACAAGGAGUUAGCGAUCCCCUUUCCAUCCUAGCCUGACCAGAUCUCAUUUUGCUUUUGUUCAUUCAGAUAAUUCUGUUUACUUGGUGUGUUGGGACUUGUCCCUGUCCACUGGGAAACUUGGUCUUACUCUAGUCUGUGCUGUUCUGUCUUCAGUGUGUGAAUGUUCGAAACUACGGUGCUGUGUCCUCUUCCCUCCUGUCGCACUCUCUGUCCUUGUUAAGCAGGUGUUGGGUAAGCUGUAUGUAAACUUUUACUAGAAGGGGACUGACUGAUUUUUUUUUUUAAGGACAAAAACAUUUUACUAAAAAUAGUGUUUUGUCUUCA